AUGAAAGUCAAUGCCUGUGCCAUACUAGCAGCUACCAUAGCCAGCGGACUCAAACCGCACAUUUUUGAGGACAAGCUUCAGGAAAGGGCAUGGUGCAAGUUAAGAUUGGCACAAGCUCUGAGGACAUUUGGAAACCGAGGCUAUGAUGAAGAAAUUGCAGGGCAUGUCAAAGCUAGGGAUGCAAUUGAGACGGAAUGUUUCUGGGCCAAUCCAUGGGGUCUCCACUUCAAGCUCAUCCAGCUGGAGGACCUCCUUCUAGUUCACUUUGAGGGAAAGAUAUUGCAAGCUGGGAAAUACCUGUUGAACACUGCGGCAUUUCUUAUCCAUUCUAAGAUCCAUGCAGCCAGGCCUGAUAUUAUAUGCGCAGCACAUUCGCAUUCCCUUUAUGGAAAGGCCUUCAGUGCACUGGGAAAGCCACUGGAUAUGAUUUCGCAGGAUAGUUACACAUUUUAUAAUGAUCAUGCGGUGUACACGGAUUACAGAGGCAUUAAUCACAGUCUGCUUGUUGCUUCUGAUAUGAUCGAAGCGGCCGUAUGGUUUUACAUUUCUCUGGAGAAGGCAUGUCAAGUUCAGCUCCUUGCCGAUGCUGCAGGGAAGAAGGUGAAGAUUUCGUCUGAACAGGCUGCAGAGACAGGCUCAAAGGUUGGAAAUAAGACUGCGGGAUGGUUCAGCGGCCAAAUGGAGUUUGCUUUCUUGGAGAGUGAGGAGCAGAAUUCCUUCGUGUACUUGAAAGAGUAA